AUGACAGAACCGGAUGUUGCCUUUCGAGAUGCGGAAUACAUCGCUGACGUGUCCGGCAUUUCCUAUGGCCCGGACACCUCGCUGUCGGCCCAGCAGCCAGCAGCGAGCGGCGGCCAGCAGCACAACCGCCGCGUCAGAAAGGUACAGACCACAGCGAAAGUCGCCUUCAUCGAUCGCCUGCUGCGCGAUCUCGACGUGCUGAUCUACUGUGAACUAUCGGCGCUAUACUACAUGGACUGCUCCGUCAUCCUCUUCGCCGUCCGUGCCGUCGUCGAGCUCAUCUUCUUCACCCCCAAAGCAUCCCCCUUCGAUCCCACGCGCAACCAGCCCUAUAUCGGCGCGAUAAUUGCCAGCAACCUCUUCUGUAUGAUCUUCCAUGCUUUCUUCAUUCGCCCCGAGGCCGGCGAAGACACCCGUGGCUAUCUCCAUGGAGGACUCUUCAUCGAUUUCAUCGGGCAGGCCCCGGUUCCUAUUUUCCGACUUCUUCUGUUGGAUGCCUUGAUCUUUCUGCUCGAUUUCGUCAUGUUGGGUUUGAUUGUUGAGCGGGUUAAGAUGGUUGGGCCGACGGAAACCAACAGCAACACUACUACUACCUCUAGCACUACCACCAACGCCACUACAACAACGAAUGAAAAUACAAAUACAAAUACCGACGGGAACACACAGUCCCAGCAACAGGACCACGACGCAGAGGAACGCGGUAUACUUCGAGAAACGGGCAAUACAGAAGAAGAAGCAGGUGCAACAACCGCAAUGGCGAACGUCGACGAAGACGACAUCGAUGAAGAACGAACAACCCUCCUAGCAGAUCCCGGUGAAGAUGAAUCUCCGGCCAGCGGACGCAACACCCAUCCACUCGACCAGUUUGCCUCGGGCCAGGCGGUCAUCCUGGACAUGGGAUUCUGGGAUAUCGUACGCGAUCAAUGGCAGUACUCGACCACGCCCAGGCGGCCAACGGGGUACGUGCCAUCGCCCGAAACGGCGACGUUUCUUCGCCAACGGUUCGGUCUCCAGGUUGGGACUGAUGGGCGGAUUGUUAGGGUUGACCGGGAGUAA